CGUCCUCCUCAGUCUUUGCUUGUGACGUCAUAUUUUCGCGACCGAGUGACAGCGUCAAACAUGGCUUCAAGAUUGGAGAUUAAUUUCAUCAGAUUGUUGUCUCGCUGUGAAUCUAUCGCGUCGGAGAAGCGAGGAGAGACAGAAUGGAGACUGGAGAAGUACGUUGGUGCUCUGGAGGAGAUGCUGAUUGCUCUAAAGAAAAGCCCCAGCAAACCCACACCAGAGAUCCUGACUGAGUACAUCAAAAAAGUCGAUUUUUUAAAGGGACUUCUGGAGGCUGAGAAGCUGUCUUCACCGACAGAAAAGGCUUUAGCGAACCAGUUCCUGGCUCCCGGUCGGACUCCCACCGUAGCGAACGAGAGGAUUUCUGCAACGAAGAUGGUCCACAUGCAGACGAAGGCCAGAUGCACCGGAGAGAUGAGGGACGAGCUGCUCGGCACGCAGAAGUCGUCAGGCGGAGGAGCGUCAGACAGAGAUUUGAGAAACAGAAGAGGACUUCCUCUGGAUGAACGUCAGUCUGCCGCUGAGCUGGACGCCGUCCUGCAGCACCACCACAACCUUCAGGAGAAGCUGGCGGAGGACAUGCUCAGCCUGGCCAGAAACCUGAAGAACAACACUCUGGCGGCGCAGAACAUCAUCAAGCAGGACAACCAGACUCUCAGCCAGUCCAUGCGUCAGGCGGACCUGAACUUCGAGAAGCUGAAAACCGAAUCGGAGCGUUUGGAGCAGCACACCAAGAAGUCUGUGAACUGGCUGCUGUGGAUAAUGCUCAUCCUAGUGUCCUUCACCUUCAUCAGCAUGAUCCUCUUCAUCAGAAUCUUCCCCCGGCUCAGAUGAUGACGGCCCAGAACUCCUUUUAGUCAAAAACAAGUCACAAUGAAGGAGGAAAGUACUCGCACUUUUGUGAACUUUCUUUGAAGUCCACCUUCUAUUGAAGCCUAGCAGGACAUAAACUAAUGUAAAGAAUUAGCUGCUGGGGCUCAGGAGGAGCGGCGCAGAUGUAAAUCCCUCUUCUAGUAGUCGGCAUAGAGAGCCCGCCGUCUUCCCGCUGUGUCUGUGUGCCGCCGUUAUGAACUUUCCAUCGUCGACUUUAUUGGAUUAACCCAGUAAGACCUCUAAACUUGUGAGUUAAUAUAGACGGUAUCAGGAGGUUCAAUCUGAGGGGCACAGAGUCGGCCCUAAGAAAAGCUCUGUAAGUCCUCAGCUCAGUGUUUUGUGUCCUUUUAAUAAAAACUCGGUUAUUGUCGACGUUCCGUCUGAAAACGA